AAGAUCGAUUGAUGUGUUCCAAAGACUUUGCUCGCCUAUGAGUUCUUGCUUUUUCUCGAAAUGUUUUUGUUGAUACUGUUUGAAGAAUGUAGAUGGCGGAAGGAUGUGCGCUGGACUGUGGGUGGGAACGUCGGCAAUGAGGUCAGUUACAGUUUGGAACUCGGUGAGAGAUGCCUUUUUCGUUUUAUAGAAUUUACAAAGCAACUUGGCUCAUUAACCGACAAAUGUCGCGAAUUUCAUGUGUGAUCGUGAUGUGUCCGUUACUACUCGCUAAUGCCUUAGCAUUCAGAGAUGAUCUGCUGUCCGCGUUUACUGAUCGCGAUUCACCUGCUCGACCGAAACGGAUUUUAAACGGAGAAGCAGUAAGAAUGAACCGGGAGAUAAAAUACCAAGUACUGAUUCGUGGCAAACCAAAGGGCAAAUUUGUAUGUGGCGGCAGCAUAAUUGGCGAACAAUCCGUACUCACGGCUGCUCACUGCCUAGUCAACAACGAAAACGAGACUUUCAUGGAGCUGCCGCCAGUUAUUUUGGCUGGAAUAACCAAUGCUCGUGCAAAACAACAUGGGCAUUACUUCAAAUCGGAUGUCAUCAAGGCCUACAUUCCGAAAGAUUUCAAAUGGCAAGACCAAGAAACUGCAUCUAUUGCAGACAUCGCUGUAUUGAAGCUUCAGCAUAAUUUUGGGCGCAGAUACUAUUUAAGUAAAAUUAAUUUGCCUGCCGUUAAUAUGACAAAGAGCUACGACGGAAUUAGAGCUUUGGUGACAGGAUACGGCUAUGAUGAUAUUGAGUGCAAUGCCGGUGACGAGGACGCAAAUUGCAAAUGGUCGUGGAGUGGUCAACUGAACAAAAUGAUUGUGAGAAUAAUUACUAGUGAAGAGUCUGACUCACUGUUAGAUUACUGCAAGCCUAGAGAAAAGUUCAUCUGUGCCGUCAUUGAUCCACGCUACGAAAGUGGAGGACCAUGUAGUGGCGACAGCGGAGGUCCUCUUGUUUUUAAUAAUACUGUCAUUGGUGUUAUGAUUAACAGUCCCGAAUGGUGCGAUCAAGUUCGGGUUCCUGGGCGAUACACUCGAGUGGCAACUUACAUUGACUUUAUUCGUAAUGCCAUGAACGAUGUGGCGACGCUCGAUAUGCGUGUUCAUUCUUGGACGACCCGAGGUUGAAACGUCGUGAAUACAAAGAAUGGCCUGUAGUCAGUUAACUAAUAAAAAGUUCAGUAGACCAUGUGUAUAAUUAGCAACUUUUCUAUUGUCUAUGAAGCAGUGAAAACAGAUACAAGGAUCCCCGUACAUACGACGC